GUGCACAAAUACAUUUUUUGCCUUACUAUCAAUGUUUAUUUCCGGCAAAGAUAUCAUGUUAUAACGUAAGCAAAGUGUCUGCCGUCGCGAUACCCCGCGCCAAUAAAGGAGGCGUCAUGCAGGCAGCUCGCCUGAGUCACGCUUGGGCAGCAGCGAGGUGAGGUGGGGUGAGCGGAUGCGCACCGAGUGAAGUCACAUGCUCGUGAAUGAUAUAACGCUACUGACACAUCGACGAUAAAUUGAAGAUAUUACGCAUCAUGACAAUUUCAGGGGCGGCAGCGGCCGUGUUGCUGGUGUUGCUGCUGAGCAGCUCAGUGAUGAGUGUGCCUUGUCUACGCAACCCCAGCGCCUUCAUGGCGUCGCUUGCUGACGAAGUUGCUGACGCCACGAAAGAUAAUAAUGCUGACAUCGAGCAUGCCGUCACGCAAGAUAACCGAGAUGUUAAACACGACGAAUUAAAAUCUGAGGUAACACAACGCAAAGACGAUGUCAUGCUUCCUAUUGAAGGAGCUCAUUCGUUGUUAGAUGUUUAUAAUUUUUACGAAAGUCAAGCAGCCAUGGAAAAAUCGUCUUAUUCAAUAAGCGACAUUACAUCGAAUGUGAACAAAUUUAUGGAGCUGAAUGCUAAUGAAGACUCAGCGGAGAACGAAGCUGUGUCGGGGCUGGAUGCGCUGAGACGGAAGCAGCAGCUCGCUGAAUUCAGCGAACGCAUGCGAGCUGACCCGCGCACUUCUAUGACGGUGCCGCAACUGAUCCGCUACUACGGCUUCGGUGCUGAGGUGCACCACGUGACCACAGCAGACGGAUACAUCCUCGAGCUGCACCGCCUCCUGNUCACUUGGACUAAGUGGCAUAGAGUCAGCCCUGGGCAGUGCAGGCCGGUGUUGCUGCAGCACGGUCUGCUAGGGUCGUCCUCAGCCUGGGUGCUCAACGAGCCCUCCAAAGCUCUCGGGUACAUCCUUGCGGAGCGUGGCUACGAUGUCUGGCUCGGCAACGCGCGCGGCAACACGUACUCGCUGAACCACACGAGACUCGACGUCGCCUCCAGGGAGUUCUGGGACUUUAGUUUCGAUGAGAUGGGCAAAUAUGACCUGCCGGCCGUGAUUGAUUACAUCCUGAGAACUACGAAAUUCAAGAAGCUUCAUUACGUCGGCCACAGCAUGGGCACGACGAUGUUCUGGGUGAUGUGCCACGAACAUCCACAGUUCAGCCGCGACAAGGUGGCCAGCAUGAGCGCCCUGGGACCCGUCGCCUUCGUCGAGCACGCCGUCGCCCCCGUCAUGUUACUGGCGCCCUUCAACCGUCCUCUUGAGUGGUUUUUGGUUGAUGUGCUGCACGAGUACCGCCUCCUGGACCCCGACACCCUGCUGACGAAGCUCCUGACGAGUGCGUGCGGCGUGACCACGCUGGCCGAGAUCGUGUGCCGGAACUCCGUCUUCCUGCUCAUUGGCUACGACAAAAAAGACCUCGACUUGAAUUGGCUACCGUUGAUUCUGUCUCAAAUCAACGCCGGGGCGUCAACGCGGACCAUCGUCCACUUCGCGCAGAACGCCUAUGACGGUCGCUUCGCGAAGUUCAACUUCCGGUCAGGCAACAAGGGCCGCUACAACCAAAGCGAACCUCCGCUGUACGACCUGAGCAGAGUGACGGUACCCGUGCUGCUCAAGUGGGGCGAUAACGACUUCCUGGCCGACCCCAUGGACGUGACGCACCUCAAGAAGAAGCUGACGUCCUGCCCCGUCACCGACUCAGAAGUGACCAACCCUCUCUUCAACCACCUCGACUUCCUCUGGGGACUUGAUGCCCUCAAAGUCGUCUACGAUGACGUCAUCAAGUUCAUCCAGAAACACUCUUGACUUUCUCCAGCGGUGACGUCAUCAAGUUCAUACAGAAACACUCCUGACUUCAUCCAGCGAUGACGUCAUCAAGUUCAUACAGAAACACUCCUGACUUCAUCCAGCGAUGACGUCAUCAAGUUCAUACAGAAACACUUCUGACUUCCUCCAGCGAUGACGUCAUCAA